UCCUGCUGCGCUGCUGCCGCACAGCAACCAGGUGGAGAGAUGAAGCCCAACUCAGCAGAGAGCGUCACGGGCCGACGAUGGAGAGAAGACGGCGAAUGAUGGAGGAUCACCCGAGCGAGACGGAAUAGAGCAGACCCGCAGCUAUGAGCUCCUCCUUCCCCAAAUCUGAAUCCACGACCUCCUUGUUGAAAUCGUCCGCGGCGGCGACGAGACCUACACACCUCCCUGAGCGCACAGCAGAGAGCCGGAGAAGUCAACACCCGCAGCAUCAGCACCAGCAUCACCACCGUCCCGCCGCCGUGCUCCGGAGCACUGGCAGCAAAGCCGAGGAGUCCUUCUGGUCGGCCGAGUGCGACGUCAGCGCCCGGAGACCCCUGUGCCACCCCUCCCUCGUCGGCAGCCGGGACAGUAGUGAUCACGCCGCCACUCGGGACAAGUGCAAGUCUCAUGCCCCGACCCACGGCCAAGUUCCCGACCCGCCGAACAGCGGCGAGGCGGGCCGAGGUGUGAGGGAGCGCUGCAGGUCCUCCAAACCCACACACCGGCACCACCAUCGCAGGAAGCACACCAAGGAGGACCGUCCCCUGGCGGCAGGGGCACCCGAGCCCGAGCAUGCCCGUCGCUGCCCCACUCAUAGCAGCCCGGUCCCCAGGGUGCCCUCGCUGUCGGACAGCAACGACGACAGGGCGCCUCUCUGUGAGCCGAGGGACCGUCGGGGAGCCGGUUCGGCCAACAGUGCAGGAGGUCAGGUCCCCAGUCCCUCCCCGUCCUCGUGCUCCCUGGUCCCGCUGUCCAGCAGUUCAUCCCGUCGCUCCCGGAGGUCCAGUGCUGCUUCUUCUGCAUCCGAUGUCCAUUUACGCACGAUCCUCAAUUCUCUCUUUGGCCAGGACAGAGAGCUGCGGCCAGAGGAAAUGGAUGAGUUGCGCGACGCUUUCAAAGAGUUCGACAAGGACAAAGAUGGUUUCAUCAGCUGCAAAGACCUGGGAAACUGUAUGAGAACCAUGGGAUACAUGCCCACUGAAAUGGAGCUGAUUGAGCUGAGCCAACAGAUCAACAUGAACUUGGGAGGUCAUGUUGAUUUUGAGGAUUUCGUAGAGUUGAUGGGUCCAAAGCUCCUCGCUGAAACGGCUGACAUGAUUGGAAUAAAGGAGCUGAAAGAUGCAUUCAGAGAGUUUGACACUAAUGGAGAUGGUGCCAUAAGCACAUCCGAGCUCCGAGAUGCAAUGAGAAAGCUGUUGGGUCAACAGGUGGGUCUAAAGGAAGUAGAAGAUAUCCUGCGGGAUGUUGACUUAAAUGGAGACGGGCUUGUUGACUUUGAAGAGUUUGUACGAAUGAUGUCUCGCUGAGUUCACAAAAAGAUCGGACCUGAAUGUGAAGCUGUGUCUUUGUCUGUACUUGACCGAGUACGACAGAGGACCAUGCUGAGAUCUUCUGAGCCGCCCCAAUAUAGAUCAAACUGGAAUCAAAACUCCUUGAAUGUAACGGAGAAAAGCGUCACCUCUCACUUUCAAUCAAUAAGUGUUCUUCCUGAAAAGUCUCUGGUUCGUGUGAGGCGAAAUUUGCCGUAGCCUAGCUGAUGAUUGUUCAACUUAGGUUUUUGCACUUUAAUUCUCACUAAAUAACUUCCUGUGUGUAUAGAACUCUGGUGUCUCGUCUCCUCUUCUACGUGGAUAAUAUAAGUGUUUUGCAUAACGUCGCCUAAUGUGCAUAUCACAGUCAGGAUUAGAGAAUGUAUGCCUAUAGAAAAGAUUGAGAAGACGUUACAUUUCAUUUUCACACAGUAAGAGGUUAUAAGUGGAAUGUCCUUUGUGUGACACUGGUGCUCCACCAAGGAACCAACGUGGUAAUAUCACACCUGUAUUGUAGCCGUGUGACCAUCUGUGAUUUCUCACUGUGCCAGUCCAGUAAACCGAAGCAUCAACUGUCUGACAGCUACAUGCAAUGAAGCAGCAGAUCUCUGAAAUUGAUGAGCAGCAGAACUUAGAAAUACAGUUCCUACACAGUAUCUCAUUCUGCAUGGUCUAGAUCAGGGACAGUGGACAUUUUUUUUAAAGGAGACAUAUGGGGCUUUUCAUCAGUUUUUCUUUCCUCUAGUGUGUUUUAAAGAGCCAAAACUCUCCUCCACAGAAAACAUUGCUCCUGAAGCUCCUCGUCACAACCUGGCCGAUACCUCCGGGCUAUCAUAAUGUCACAUGAUAUCACAAUGCCGACAUUUGCAUAAUUUGAGCCUAGUGGCCACUCUAGCACACCCUCUAGUAAAACCAGUUAAAACGAGAGCAGAGGUCAAUAUUUCCUACAGGAGCGGCCAAUAAUGCAGGAAUAAUUGCAUGAUAUGUCUCCUUUAACUAGAUGCAUAGCUCUCUUUCAAAAGCCAGAAAACCAAAGUGCUCAGUAACACUAGCCUGCUGUGGUUUGCAGCAUCCAAUGCAGUGUAAAUGGAGCCUCUCCACACUGUCUGACAGCGCUCACAGGUUUGAAUUCCUGUUCUGUAACCUUGCUUUGGGAACAAGUAAUGUCAGUUUUCAAAGAAUCACCACGACCCUGUCUGUGAACACACCGCAGGAAAGACAUUUUGUCUGUAUAUGCAGUGGAUGUGAUAAUGUUGUACCCGUACUGUAUGUCAGUGUCAAUAUGAAUCUAGUUGUGGAAAUGUUUCACACAUCCGUGUUGUCGAAAAGCAAUUUUUAUGCAUGCCAAAGAGAGAAAUUUAUUAAAUUUAGUAUGCACAUUACAUUUUUUUGUCUAAGGAAGUAAAUACAACAAUUUCGCCAAGUUGACUGUAUAAAAAAAUAAAAGGUGUCUAAAUUUGAGCAACCUUUUCCCGUGGUGAAAUUAUCAAAGAAAAUACAUGAGCAAUAUGGUAGAAAGUGGUUUUGCGACUGUUAUUUAGAAAUCCAAUGAAAAUAUACUAUGCUUACUCUAAUACAUUGACAACAGUUUUUUUUGUUAUGAACCUUUACUUUCAAAAGAAUCUUCUCUGUUUCUAUUUUUUAAUCAGGAGAGACUUCGAUUCAAUGGUUUAACAGUAAUUUGUUGACCCAAGCACAGAGAAGGUUAUGUGAAUGUUAUAAGUCUUCAUGUUUUAGAUCCCUAUGUGAUGUCAUCAGGAUUAGAAGGGGGUGGAGCAGAAUGUAGUAAAGGAUUCCACCCAGGGGUCUAGACACUGGUUUGACAGUUUGACAGUUUGACAGUAGCCGCAUGAUUGGCUGGAAGAGACUGUGGCAGAAUCUGAUUGGUUGUUUAGAAA